AGAGGAACAAUUUUCAGCACUAAGAAACAAUAUCCUCAAUUGCAUGACUCAUACUUGUUUCUAAGCCCUUCUUUCUGUCAUCUCUGACUCAAUUUAUCCUCGCUGUUGCUGCAUCCGGUGUGAUCUGCAUAUACAACUCCGUGGAACAUCAACAUAAACGACGUAUAUUCUUGUGGCAUGCGCAAGAAUAGAAGGACUUCUAUUGGAUAUCGCCAGAUUCCUGUUAUUUAUAGCAAUAAUGGCAUUGACCAAGGAGAAUGUUCCCGAGACGAAAGUCCUUGCAAUUGCCAGUCAUGUGUGCUACGGCUUUGUGGGAAAUACAAUGGCCACAUUCGUCAUGCAGUCCUUGGGCUGUGAAGUGGCAGCCAUUAAUACAGUUCAUUUCAGUAAUCAUACCGGAUAUUGCCAAGUAAAAGGAACAAAAACGAGUGCAGAGGACAUUCGCAAUCUGUACGAGGGUUUAACCCAGAGUUAUCUUACAGAUUUCGAUGUACUUCUCUCGGGCUAUGCUCCCAGUGCAGCGGCCGUCGAAGCGGUCGGUGAUAUUGCACAAGAUUUGCAACGCCGGGCAGAAGGAAAGCCGGGCUCUUUCUUCUGGGCUCUUGACCCUGUCAUGGGUGAUUUGGGCCGUUUGUAUGUGGCAGAGGAUGUUGUUCCAGCAUAUAAAAAAGCCGUUCGUCAUGCGGAUCUGAUAUUACCAAAUCAAUUCGAAACCGAAACCUUAUCCGGAAUCAAAAUCGCCAACACCACCGACCUUGCCAACGCAAUAACCUCAAUCCACAAGACAUAUGGAGUUCCUCACAUUAUUGUCACUUCAGUGCAACUAUCAAGUCUCGGUUCAUCGACGCCAUCGGGCUUAAUGACCGUCAUUGGCUCUACCGUUCGCUCCGAUGGCACUCCACGACUAUUCCGUGUCGACAUUCCGGCUCUCGAAUGUAAUUUCAAUGGCACAGGCGAUAUGUUUGCUGCCCUGACCGUGGCACGUCUACGAGAAGCAAUUUUUGCCGCUGGACCGUCUCUCAGAAACACAAAGUCUUGGGUAUCACCAGAUGAUGUGGCCCCGACAGAUCUACCUCUGGCCAAAUCUACCGAGAAAGUGCUUUCAAGUAUGCACUCUGUCUUAUUAAAGACAAUGGAAUCCAGGGAGGCCGAGCUUGCAACAACUGCCAACACAAUUGAUGCCACCGGACUGACAGAAGAGCAAUUGCAAUUUCGAGAGCAUCUGCGGCGAACAAAGGCAGCUGAAGUGAGGGUGAUCCGCAAUGUAGAUUUCCUACGUAAGCCGACUGUCGUUUUCAAAGCGCAACAAUGGGCGGAAUAAUUGAUAUGGUUCAGGCUUAUCUGGUAUAUUGGCUGCAUUGUUCAUGCGUAUGGAUAGGGCUUUUGUCUUGCAUGUCAUAUAGAUAAUAGACUACCACCAUCCAACUCCAAAAUGAAGCAACAUACAACUCCGAUAAUACC